GACCUUUCAGAUAUUACCUAAAUUACGAUCUUUCAACAUACAACCACUUAUCCUAUCAUACGCUUUUAAAUUUCCCAUCAUUCACCAAAAACUUAUAAAUUUCACUACCAUUGUAUCAUCAAAAUAUGGGCAACAAACUGGCAAAGAAAAACAAAUUAACCGCCGACGAAAUCGCAUUUCUCAAAGCUAAUACAAAUUUUUCCGAAGAACAAAUCAAAGAGUGGCACAAAGGAUUUUAUCAAGAUUGCCCCAAGGGUAAUCUCAGUCGGGAAAAAUUUAUCGAAGUUUACAAGCAAUUUUUUCCAUCCGGCUCGGCCGAAGAAUUUUGCGAUCACGUAUUUCGGACUUUCGAUACCGAUAACAGCGGUAACAUCGAUUUUCAAGAAUUUCUACUGGCCAUAAACGUGACAUCUUCUGGAAGUCCCGAACAAAAACUAAAAUGGGCCUUCCGGAUGUACGAUAUCGACUCAAACGGCACGAUAGAGCUCUCGGAGAUGGUCAAGAUUAUCGAGGCAAUAUACGACAUGUUAGGUCCGGAGAUGGACAAAACUAAAGAGAGUCCAGAGGAACGGGCCAAAAAAAUAUUCUCUAAAAUGGACACCAACAACGACGGCUUGUUAACAGAGGAAGAAUUUAUCAAAGGAUGUUUACAAGACGAAGAACUGUUUAAAAUAUUGGCUCACGAUUGAUAUAUAUUUACCAUUAUUAAAUUAUUUUGUUUUGUUCCAAUUUUUUUUCAAAUUUAUAUAAUGCAUAUUAUGUCGUAGUAUUUAUGCUUUGACGAAUAUCAUUUAAAUUGUAAAAAAUAUAAAACUGAUAUUCUUCUAAGCACCAGGGUUUAAACCUAUUUGUCUAAUUGCACUGAAUUGCUCUAAAACCGUCGGCAUAUAUAUCCACAAUUAUUUAAACUCGUAAUUUUGAAAGGAUUUUAAGUAAAUUUUUAUCUGACAUUUUCCCGCGAUUCUUUUAUUUUAUAAUCUAUAGCUUUCUUUUACCUUUUUGGGUCCAACGUUUUAUUAUCGCUUUAAUUUUGUCCUAUUUAUAUUUUUUAAAUAUUAAU